AUGUUCAUUAGAUCCAACAGCGGUCGGAAAGGCCAUGCCAAGUAUGAGAAAUUAGAUAAAGAACAUGUUGCAACAAAUGGAAAUUCAAAUGAGGAGUUUAAGAGGAGCACAAGUUUGCCUUCAUCUAGUUCAACUUUUGGGGACAUGAAUCUACAGAGAAACCCCACAAAAAAGGCCAAUAAUAAUCCAAAGGAAAAGAGUCACCCUCUAUUCAGCUUCUUUGAUCUUCGCCGGAAGAAGAAAACAACAGCUAGGCCUGAAUUUGCAAGGUAUCUUGAGUAUGUGAAGGAAGGAGGCAUGUGGGAUUUGAAUUCCAGUAAACCUGUCAUCUAUUACAAAUGA